CUCCUUCGAGCACGUUGAGUUUGCAGAUAGUAUUAAACGAUGUAUUAUUACUGCUGUGGUUAUGUAUGACUUUUCCGUGUGCUUGAGGUGUAUCGUUUCGUGAGUGUUUUCAGUGUGUACACCUCAGUGGUGAUUCAGAUAACAGCUGGGAGAAAACGCAAAUGGACCGUGCAAUACGCAUGGCUAGUAAGAUCCAGGGGACUAAGGUCACCUGGAAAAGCUUGUAUUUGGGAGCAGUGUCAACUUGAAUGAAUUUUAUAGCGAAUGCCCAUUAUCUUUCUAAAACUUCACAUUGAUGCUCAAUAAAUGUGUUUACGGUGACCAAAAUAAGGCCUUUCAACGGGUAAACAUAUUUCAAUUAGUUCUGUGUUCAGAUUGAGCAAAAAACAGGCAAACCUAUAUUUUACUAUGUUUAUGUUAUUUAGUUCAUUUUUGCAUUCGGAUGUCUAUAGAAAUCGGACAUAAACUGUAAACGCUAUGCCUUCAUCGAUGUCCCUUAGGUACAUUCCCAUUUGAUUCAUUAUAACUUCCAACAAUUCAUCGCUAACAGCAUUCUCAUUUAAAGUACUUUGUUGAUUUUUGUAUAAAGUAGAAAAAAUUUGAUAAAUUGCAUAAGUAAUCCUAAAUUACUUUACGAACAAUUAAAGUCACAUAAAAUUUCGAAUGACCUGUUUUUGACAAAAGAAGAUCUAUUCCGGUUGCCGCGACGCCAUACGGAACUAGUACGAGGCAUGUAACAACCUCGAAGUCGAACGUUCAUCUGAUUGAGAUCUGAUUGAAUAAUCGACCGUCCAUAAAGGAACAGAAAAACCUAACAGUAGUACUUAUAUUGUGCUAUAAUGGUCCUACGCUUGAGCGCGAAUUCAUCCACUUUUCAAACGCUCUGGAUCUAAGACUUUCUAUGUACUCUCCAAAAAAUAUCGAAGAUACUACUAACAGUUAUAUAUUUACUGAUGACGAUGAUUUUUGUUGGAAUCUAAUAGUCAUAACUUUCAGGUAGCCUUCAACAUAUUAUCCGCUGACUUUGGUCACAUCUAAAAAAUAGGAUGACAAAUCGUAAAGUAAAGAAAGCAAGUUGGAUUGGACUUAGUUAUAAACCGCUUAGCCAGUACCGCAACGUAGAGAUAAUACUAGUCGAAUUUCGUGACAGACAUUUAAUCUAGUGACUAACUUUACUCAUCGUCCUGAUCCACUUGUAGCUAAAUAUGUACCCUUCAAAUGAUACAGAUAAUCCAAAUUUUGAGUAUACUAUGAGAUAAAGGAAGUCAAACGCUAUUAAUAACUCUUAUAAGUGACAAGUGCUCCUAAAUGUCCUGUUUAGGCCUGCUGUGCAAAAAUGUACCUGUAAAUCAUGCAGUCAGACCAACCAUAAGCAACAUAGAUGUAUGAACUCUAAGAUUAAUAGUCAAUAAGACUUAAGGUAAGUCUAGUUAUUUUGAGUCGUAGGUUCUAGGUAAGAAUUUCCCUCUAUUUUUUUUUCUCAUUUGAGGAUGAAUAAAAGACUAAUAGACCAAAAAAAAAAGGGAAAUUGUUCGAUGUCACUUACUAGUAACUUAUCUAAUGAGGUGAAUCCAUUGCGUUCAGUGGUGGCAAUGCCUCUUCUCCGCUGUAGCGACUAAACGGCUAGUAUCAAUAUUUGAAAUUCGCGGCGUUUACCGAUAUCGGAUCUCUCCAGAAUUUGUUUCUAGUUCUUUUUGAAAACACAGACAUUCUAUAUUUUUAUCCUGUCCGCCACUGUAUCGUGCGAGAUUCAAAAUAUCGUCUACUUUUUUUUAUCUAUUCGUCAGCUCCCUAGCGGAGCUUACAAGGAACAACUAAAACUCUGAUUAAUAGUAGCCUUUAAUAUUUAUAAAUAACAGAACAUAUCUAUGAUCGUAAUGUGUAGUUUAUCUGCGUUGUUACAAGCAGUGUACAAUAGGCUGAUUACCGGCUCUUAGCACAAAAUCCAUUCAAGAAACGUCUGUAUAUCCAAGAAAUCGAGAUGUUCAUCACUAUCGACAUAGACAACCACUAAUACUAACUGUAAUUGGUACAUACGCAGAACGAAUUACCGCCACGAAUGUCACAACGGUUUGCUGUUCGCGACUUAAGUAUCCAAUUGAAAAUAACGGUUGCAAUGAAAUGUCUGUACUUUGUUCAUUUGUUUAGCCGAAGGUCAUGAUUAACGAGUACGUACACGAUCCGAUGUCUCCGAAUAUUUUGGAAGGGCACCUGUCUUUCAAACACUGCGUUACGUCACCGUAUUCUUGAAGAAAAUCAGGACUGAUACAUGGGACCAUAUUUUUCGCUCUAGUUGACGCCGUGAUUACAGAAGAUAGGGUUCGAGAAUAGACUCUUUCUUUAAGAUAACAUAUAGGAAACGACAGCUUCUUACGAACGGGAAAUUAACCACGAAACAUUUGGAGAAAGCUUGAAAAUGAACUGUAAGUACUAAAUGUAGAUGCUAUUUGAUUGUUUUUUCCCUUUAGCAGGAACGUUUCUUCUGGGCAAAGAUGUCGUCCUUUGCGGCGUCCCUCGCCGCGACAAUAGAUCCUGUUCGAAGCCAGCUACUGCUGUCGUUAGCGUCAUUGUCUAUACUCCUCAGCGCGCUUCACCGUAGUCAGGCAAUAGAUCAUGUUAAUAUCGGAGGAAUCUUUGACCAGGAAGAUGAAGGUCUAGCGAAUCAUUUCACGUUAGCAGUAGACCGAGUGAAUCGGGAUUUGGGUAUGCUCGGCGCUACCAAAUUUCAAGCAAAGAUGUUUCGCGUUACACCAAAGGACAGCUUCGGCGCAUCAAAACGCGUGUGUGAACUUGCUCGGCAUAAGGUCGCAGCCUUCGUUGGUCCUAGUUCUCCGAGCGUUAAAGAACUAGUGAAGGCGACAGCGUUUAGACUCAACGUUCCGCACGUUUCAACAAGUUGGGAGCUACAUGAACGCCAAUCACCGUAUACGCUCCGGAUGUACCCAGAGGCGGACCUGCUUGCGCGGGCUUACAGAGACAUCAUAUCCGAAAAGAAAUGGAAGAAAUUCGCGAUUUUCUACGAUUCCGAUGAUGUGCUUGUGAUGCUGAAAUACGUACUCGCGGACGGCUUUAACCAGACAGCGCCUGACGUAUUAUUAUACGAAUUUGAUCCAGAUUUAAGUUACGAGAAGAUGCUCAAAGAUAUCGGAACACGGAACCACUUCAACGUCAUCAUAGGGCUUCGGCCAGAUAGAGUCAAAGAAGCUUUGCUGGCUGCUGAGGGUUCUUAUAGCUCGUUUUACCACUCCUAUCUGAUACUCGGCCUGGACUUUCACUCUUACAAAAUGGAGGAGGUCGUAAUGCAACGCUAUUUGGCGAACGUGACGAUGUUUCGUCUGGUGGAUCCGUCACGGUCGGAAUUUCAGGAAGUCAACAAUCGACCGAGAUCCAACAGUCAGCUACCCACGGAUAGCUCAAUAUUCGGCCAUGUCGACGCGCCAAAUGUGUGGGCUCCUCCAAGUACUACGCCGCCCGAUGACCUAGAUGUUGAGCGACUGACGACAGAGGAAGCCUUAAUGUACGAUGCCGUAUCUCUGAUCGCUAACGGUGUACACAACCUUUUGCGGAUGAACAUUCUCGGCUUUCAACAGUUAGACUGCAAUAAAACAAACAGCAACUGGGACUAUGGACAGUUGUUCCUCGACCACAUGAAAGAGUUGACGAUUCGUGGUUUGACGGGCGAUGUGCGCCUCGAUAAAGAGGGCAAACGCGAUAUGUUCACAUUAGACGUACUCGAAUUGAACAAAGGAAGUAAACAGUGGUCAUUCCUUAAAAAAAGUUCCUGGGAUCCUACGACGGGCAUUAAUAAGCCGGAAGGUGAUGAAGCUGUUCACGACGUAGAGUUCUCCGUCAGCGGAAUGAUUCUCAAAGUCGUCACUGUGGAGAACGCACCGUACACUAUCAUCAAUCACUCACUUACUGGUCAAGAUCGUUUCUAUGGAUAUGCGAUUGAUCUGAUCAAGAUGUUGGCUGAAAAAGCCAACUUUACCCCGGAAUUCUACAUUGCUCCGGAUUCAGCUUACGGUUCGCACAUUGGCGGCGGUGUUUGGAACGGAAUGAUCGGUGACCUCAUGAAACACAAGGCUGACAUUGCAAUCGUAGACCUGACGACAACGGCCGAACGCGAGAGUGUCGUCGACUUUACGACACCGUUCAUGAAUACUGGAAUCUCAAUUCUACUUCGAACUCCAGAGAUGCAGCCACCAUCGUUGUUCUCGUUCUUGCAUCCAUUCUCACCCCUUGUCUGGUUUUAUACGCUGACUGUCUAUAUUCUGAUCACAGUCGCUGUAUAUGUUUUGGGCCGCUUUACACCGUACGAAUGGGUGCCCUCACAUCCAUGUGAUCCCGAUUCCGAACCGGAAAAUCAGUUCGGAACUAUCAGUGACUGUUUUUGGUUUACUAUGGGCAGUAUUAUGCAACAAGGCUCAGAUCUUGUUCCCAGGGCUGUCUCUACUCGUACACUGGCUUCGUUAUGGUACUUCUUCUGUCUCAUCCUGAUUUCGUCCUAUACGGCUAAUCUGGCCGCCUUUCUCACUGCAGCUCGCAUGAGUUCACCAAUUGAGAACGCAAACGAUCUUGCAAAACAAACUGAUAUUGCGUAUGGUGCAAAAGAUGGCGGAUCCACCAAGAGAUUUUUCCAGAACAGCAACAACACUGUCUACAAGCGCAUGUGGGCGUACAUGGAGUCCCAAAAGCCGUCCGUCUUUCCAAAGACAAACGAAGAAGGUAUACAACGGGUGUUAAAAGGCGACUAUGCAUAUUUGAUGGAGGUGACAUCCAUUGAUUAUCUUGUUGAAAGGAAUUGUAAUCUGACAAAAAUCGGAGGCCUACUGGACAACAAGGGCUAUGGUAUUGCCACACCCCAGGGAUCUCAAGUACGUGGCAUUCUGGAGCAUCAUUUGAUCAUCAUGCAAGAGAAAGGUGUUCUACAAGAGCUUAAGGACCUUUGGUGGAAAAUCCCUGGCGAACCUUGCGACAGAGUUAAAGAUGAUUCUGCUGAGAUGAGUAUGGAAUCCCUCGGAGGUGUUUUCUAUACGCUGUACGGUGGCGUUUUAAUAGGCGUCUUUGUCGCACUUAUUGAGUUUUGGUGGGAAAAGUCCCAAGCUCCCUACGGCGAGAGAGACCACAUCUUAGUCGAGUUUCUUCGCGAGCUGAAGUUAGUGUUGACAUGCACUGGUUCACGGCCAAACCCUGAAAGCGCAGAUAAUUCGAUAGCCGACGACGCUGCCUCGAGAAGAUCGGGUCAUUCAAGGCAGGCGAGCCAGGUGUUCGCUACGUUAAAUACCUAAACUAUUAACUUGCUGAAAAAAAGUUGAACUCAAUUUAAAAAGUGCUACCCCUAAAAAUGAAAAGAAAACGAUAGGUGAAAUAAAUAUAAAGUGUUCAGAACAUGAUUUAUACAUUUUACCGGAAUUUUGCUCAUGUUCAGAUAGAGGAAAUUAUGAUGCAGGUCGACGUCAUCGUCUCCACAACCACCUACAUGAUAGUAACGAUAGCUCACGUACUUCAAGUUUAGCGCUACAUUAUUGAGGUGUUCCGAUACGAUAAACCAAAUAGCGACUAUCAAGUGGCUCUUGAAGAUGGUUUGUGUUAUUAACUUUUGUUGUUAAUUUAAAAUUACAUAACAUAACUUUAUAAACAUUUAUAUUUAUUAAAACACCGCUAAUGCGAAUGCAUUCAUUGCUAUCCAUCUCCUGCCAGUUAACAUUGGAAACUACGAUGUAAUACAGAGAGUGUGCAAGUAUUACGGCGAUAACUUUAAAAUAACAAAUUUAAACCAGGACGCACAAAUAUGUUGUCGACUUCAAUAGACUUACGUCAAGCUGCUAAUAAUAAUAAUAAAACUACAAGCUCUAUUUUCUACACGAAUGAGCUGCUGUGCUAUCAAUUGCUUUCUAGUUUUCGAGUUAGGCUAGAGUCAGUGUUUUUUUGAGUGAAUUUGAAGCCGGUCAACACCAACAGAUCUGCUGUCUUUCUACCAUAGUUUAUAAAAUUAUUCCAUUUAAAAAUAACAGCAUAAUCUUAUCUUGCGUUAGGUUGAAAACACAAAAUGAUCUGUAUGAUUGUUUCAUAAAAAUUUUAUUAGGUUACUUAGCGUUCUUUGCUUAGUUAUUAUCAGGCCCGUGUUCAUGGUCGCUAUUACGGUGAUGAUGAUAUUCUCGGAAAAGAUGAAUUUAAAAUAUGUUGUAAAUAAAAAGUACCGCAGUAUCCACGCUGAUUAAACGUAA